UCACUGUUUUUUUUUUGGAACCAGAGGAAGCUGUCCACACAUGGAGACUCUCUCAAUCCCCGCCGCUGCUUGGUUUUCCAGCGGCGCCAUUACUCCUCCUCCGAACGCGAGGCUUUCUCCGCCUUACUUCACUCGGAAACCGUCGAGCAAAAAUUCCCGACGACUGUCCGCUUUUAACGCCGCUUCUCGCUCCUCAGUGAGUGAGCUUGUGGGGGAGGAUGUGCUACAGAUGUUCUUGAAAGACAGAGAAGAAAACGGAGAUUUCAUUUCUAAAGUCUCUGAUCGGCUCUGGUUAAGGGAGGUUCUAGAAUCUAUUGAUCUCAGCUCUAGUGGUGCUUCUUCAGCUGUUGUUGGACUUGAAGAUAGUCAGCAGAGGUUGGUAGAUGGUGCAGAUUAUGAUGAGGAUGAUGAAAGCGGUUUCUUGAAACUUAAACCCACCCAAGAAUGGAUUGUUGGGGAAACUGAUUCCGCCCCCAUGAAUAGGAAAGCUCUAGCUAAGGCAUUACGGGAUGAUAGCGAGCGGAGGAUGAAACUUAACUUUCUGAAAUAUGAAGCUCUGAAGCGUGAACUGAUGUACCUGUCAAUUGUUAUUGGAACCGGGUGCAGCGGAUACUGCUUACUAGCUUUAUCACCCCAGGCUGCAGUUAGUUAUGGAGUUGGAGUUCUUUUCAGUUGCUUGUACCUUCAGCUUUUGUACGGAUACGCAGAUGGUGUUUCACGUGAAGAUGUUCCUAAUAUCUUCCUGAAAAAGAAGACUAAAAAAAUCGGGAUAAGAAGUGAAGACCUUGAAGACUUUGUAAAGAGAACGAUCCGGGGCAGUGGAAUGGCACUCUCUUCCCCACGUCUAGUGAUCCCAGCUGCAAUCUAUGCUCUGUGGAUUCUCUCGCAUAAGUACUUUCAGAAUGACGUCUUCGACUUCCAGAUAGUUCCAGCCAUGGUUGGUUUGUUUGUAUACAAAGCUGCAGCUCUGGUUCAAGUGUACAGAGACAACCAAGAUCUUCAGUUCAUUUUCCCAGACGAUCUUUGACCUUCCGAGUUAGACGAUUUGUGAUUUGUUUGGUUCAUGAUCUCAAAGGGCAUCAGAAACUGGCUGCUAAAACUUAAAGAUGAGCCUGAGGAUGUAGAGUAACCUGUGUGUUCUCGGUUUUUUUUCUUUUUUCUUUAACGCCGUCUCCUUGUAAAAUUUUGAGGGAAAAUACAAAAUAUAUUUUGUAUGUCAAUGUACCAGAACAUAAACUAUUGAACAUGUGUGAGAGGAAUAGUUAUAAACAAGAAAUGUUACAAACAACAAAUAUGUGAUGUACAUUGCAGAUGCAAGA